AUGGCGCAAAAAACCCCCACAAGGAUUUUGAAAAAACUCUUGAACCACCUUUCUGUGGAUAACUUCAAGGAGUUUUGCGACGCGCUCCUGGACCGCAGGGAGGAACCGUGCGUCCCUCGCGUAAAGGUGGAGGGGAAAGACCGCCUGGAGAUCGGUAAUGUGAUGAUAAACACUUUCACGGAGCAGGGAGCUCUGCAGGUGGCAGGGGAAAUCCUCAGAGAGAUCGGCUGCUCCCAGGCUGCGGACAAACUCGGUAGGUUCAACAUCUGGCUAAAGAGGCAGGACCAGCAGGACCAGCAAGACCAGCAAGACCAGGAGGACCAGGGGUUCUUCAGUGAAGCAUUUUUUUUGGACGAACACAGGACGGGCUUGAUCCAGAGAGUGUCCAAUAUCGGCCCCAUUUUGGAUGAGCUGUUGUCUAAAAACGUCAUCCAGUCUGAGAUGUACACCAAAAUAAGAGCUCUGCCAACCUCUCAGGAGAAGACGAGGGAGCUCUUAGAUGGUCCUGUCAGAAGCUCAGAUGACUGCAAAGAGAUCUUCCUCGAAAUCCUCCGGAAGUGGGAGCGAUUUCUUCUAGCUGACCUUGAAAAGAAAUAGUUUGUGGUGAAAUAAAAAAAUAGAAAACAACCAAGAAAAUGUUUUCUUUGCAGUGGACUAUAGGAAAGUGUUUUUGUAAUCUGUAAUAUUUUAAACCUAAAUUUGCUGGAAUUGGAAAGGUUUGAAAUCCCAGCCCUGAUCACUGAGCCUCAUAAAAAUACCUCAUUUUAUAAAAGAAAAAUACAUGUGUUAUGUAGUUUUUUAUUUUA